AAAAAUAAACAGAACAAAAGUUAAAACCGUAACAAUCGAUACGGAUAUAUAAUUAAAAGUUUUAAGACUUUACGGUCGGCUUUGGGGCGUUUUCUAGAGGAGUUUUUUUCAUGUAAUAACUCAUAGACGUUCAUGUUCACUUUAAAAGAUGGCAACCGAUGAUCAAUGAUUUGAUGAAUUUGAUCGCCGUUAAUUUAGUAAAUGUCUAGAGCUUCAUGAAGAUCUUGUUAAUCUCUUAUACCCUCCAUCAUGCGAUCAUCUAAAUCAGUGAAAGUUUCAACUACUCGGAGAAAGCCAUUGAAGAGGUGUGAUCUUUGUCAAAAAGAAGUAACCAAUCAACUUGGAGUUUACAGUUUUUCUAUUUACAAAACACUAUUUGCGGAGUUCCAGGCAGCAAUGAAUCACGUGUGCCGAAACUGAUUUUAUCAUAUUAGACAGAUUCAAAAAAAGUUUACAAAAAACAAAAGCAAAUUUCGCGAAAAGGAUUGGACUGAAGCACGAAAAAAGGUGGCAAAGCUUUCUAAACCGAGAGCAAUUAUCUCCAGCAAUAGUGCUAGUGAUUUCAUCCCACAAGCUCAAGACACUCUUACAGAUGCAGAAUAUGAGGAAUUCAGCAAUUUGAAUUUACCUUCACCAGAGGUCGGAAUUAAUGAAUAUCUAGAAGUAGUUGAACUAAGUAAGGAUAGUUAAACUUCUUCUUUAAGAAGCCAAAAGUGCACUAAGUAAUUAUUUGAACUAGCAUUUGUUAAGCUUUAAGCUUCUUCUCACUGUUUAUAAUUACGAAGAUAGCUCUUAAGACGGCUCAUAUGACAGCACUAAAGAUAGCUCAGAUGACGGCUCUGAUGACAACUCAGAUGACAGCUCUGAUGACAGCUCUGAAGACGGCUCUAAAGACAUUUCUUAUGCCAGCUCUGAUGCCAGCUCUGAAGACGGCUCUGAAGACGGCUCUGAUGCCAGCUCUGAUGACAGCUUUGUGGAUACCCCUGAAGACGGCUCUGAUGACAGCUCUGAAGAAAGCUCUAAAGACAGCUCUGAGUACAGCAGUCCUAGAUGAUACUGAUUCUGAUUUAAUAUUCCUUAUGUCUGUAGCUUACUUUAUUCGACUGUGCUUUCAGAUGUUGAAGAUCUAGGAUCAAUUUAAAAAAUGGAGUUUCACUUGAUGAAAGCCAAGUUGGGGAGCUUAGUCAGAGAAAUGCUGUCUGCAAAAUCUCAAGAUCUUGUUGCAGAAUUUUUUUUGCAAAAAGUUUUGCCAGCAUUCAAUGCAUUCCUCAUAGCGGGCAUAACCCUAACCACUGGCAAGUUACGAAUAACGGAUGGAUUGUCUAUAUGGAUGUGUUUCUUUAUCCCUAUCCAACUUAUUCUUAAUUGGAUCCAGUUUUACAGGAACAGAUCAAUUAUUUCAACAUCUACAGAACAAUUUCCUGCUCUUGUCAACAACAUGAAACUGAAUCAAGAAUAUGAAAUCAGUAUAAAUAACUCACAAAUGGAAAGGUAUAAGGAAUGUUAUCCCUGUAAUCUUUUUGUUCCACUGCGUUCACAUCACUGUCCAUAUUGCAGAAAAUGUAUUUAUGUGCUGGACCAUCACUGUUUCUUUCUUGGGCACUGCGUAGGAAGGAAAAAUAUGAAAUAUUUUAUUCUUUUCUGCUUCUAUGCAGCCAUAGGAACUGCAUACGGUCUCUACCAUAUCAUGGAGGUUAUGACAUACUACAGAGAUGUAUCUACUAAGGAAUCCAUCUACUUCUUCUUCCCUUUCAUCUUUGUAAUGUACAUGUUUGAUAGAGCGGCAGGGUUUGAGUGUUAUUAUGUGUUCCUUCUUGAUUUUGGUCUUGGAGCUUGUCUUAUCUGCGUUUUCCUCACGUGUAUGGGGUUAUACAGUACAUUUAGGUAA